AUGGCGGUGAAGUUGUCUUGUUUUGUAUUCCUGAUCAUCGUUUUGAUCACGCAAUCUGAACAGCAGGCGUUGAGUAAACUGAAGAUGAAAGGCUUUACCAAACCCGCACGCCCAACCACCCAAGAUGAAAUUAUAGCUUAUAUGAAAAAUCCAGCCAACACUCCGAAAAUUGAUUUCAAGCCGACUGGAACAUAUCCCCAAACAAACCGUGCGGGUUUUAGCGAAUAUCAUCUGGCACCACAGAUCCUCGGUGGCACAAAUGCGUCGCAAAGGCAGUUUCCGUGGGUCGCAUUUAUGGUUAUGGACGGGAGUUCAAUCUGUAAUGGUGCCGUUAUCUCUGCAGACUGGAUCUUGACCACUGCUAAUUGCGUUUAUGGCGUCGACGAAUUUGAAAUCUAUGUCGGUGGGGUGGAUACAGACGUGGAGGAAAAAUUCGAGCAAAUCGUUUUCUCGGAUUAUUAUUAUAGGCACCCCGACUUCGACACAAGUACUUAUGAAAAUGACAUUGCCCUAGUUCCAGUCAACUUGACCUUCAAUGACUACUACUACCCCUACAUACGACCAAUUUGCCUACCAAAACUAUCGCAGACUUCAAAUUCCUUCAACAAAGUGUCAGCUGUGCUUGCUGGCUAUGGAGACACGGUGGAAAAUUCUGCAACAGACGGUUCCAGGUUCAUGCAAUACGUGACUUUAAGAACGGUCAACAACGCCGUUUGUGUCGCCAACUAUGGAUCUUCCGAUUUUUUUAGCACCAACAUUUGCACAGGUCCCCAUCCCACUAAGGCGCCUUGCGAUAAUGACGAUGGAGCUCCUUUAAUGUACAGAGACUCGCAAACCGGCAGAUACACCGUCAUCGGGCUCUACUCCUUUGGAUCAAGUUCAUCGUGUGACAAUCGUCCAGUGGCGUACACUCGUGUCAGCAGCUUUUUGGGCUGGAUUUCUCAAGUGACGAACUUAGCAAUCAGACCUUAA